AUUGCAUACGGAAAUCUUACAGUGUUUACUUGCAUAACAGGUGUAAGUUGUGUUGAUAAUAUGGAGUAAUAAGCAGCACUAUUUAAGCUAAUUGAAAUGCGGGAAUACUUUGGCGAUCCGGGACAAGAGACUAUUGCACAGAAUAUUGUUAUUUUGACUGAUGUCGAUGAGUAGCUCUGGUGGCGAAUCCCAAAGCGCCACGAAAAUGCAGUUGCUGAUUUAGUGAAGAAUAAUGAAUUCAGCAGAAAAGUGAGAAUCGAGAUAGUUUGCUCUGGCGACGUUAGAAACGGGAUGCAAUUAUGACUGCCGCAAUGGAAAGAAAUUGUGACAUUUUGAACGAAUUGGAUAAAGAGCAUGGUGAACAGAAUGACUUCGAAAACCAAUUAAACAGCUCUAAAGAUGGGCCAGGAUCACCAGAGUUGACGAUACCGGCCGAGCAGACCAAACUAGACGCCGUCCGUCGAGUCUCGACAGGAAUGUACCUCACAGCUUCGGAGGCUCUCGGUUACGGCAUGGGCAGCGUUAAGCGUGCUGCAUCAGGCAUCGGCGCAGGAAUCACCAGGGCGGGACAGAACGUCGCCGACAAGAUGCAGAAGUCUCCGAAGAUUCCGAAGGCGAUGAGGAAGCGAGCCGAGGUCGACGACCUCAGCAUGAAUAUGAUUUCCGACGACAGCGAUGACGGUCUCGACGAUGAUGAGAUGCUGAUGAUGCCGAAGAAGAGCUCCAAGGAAGCACUGGUGAGAAAGAAACGCAUGGACAGCAAGAAGAAAGAGAGUAAGCAGACAUGGUAGGAGUGUCAAAGGUGUGGCAACAUCUUGACGUGACGUCACAAUUUGUUGGCAAUGUAAGAGUCUUUAACUUCAACAGAUACUACAAAACUGUAAGGAACUUCUGAAGACUCACAUUUUGAUCUUCCACUUAUGAGAAAAUGAAGUUUGUUCGACUAAAAAGUUUCGUAUGGCACAUGUUUGCUAAAGAUUCGUUCUGACCUAAAGAGCGUAAUUUUCAUGACUACAUACCAUUUGCUAGACACGGUAAAGUUCAGGCCUGUUACGACCAACAUAACGAAUUGCCACUCGAAAACUUUCAAGUUAAAUGAAUCUGUGAACGCUAGGUCUACAGGUAAUUGAUUUGCCGAGAUUUUUUUGUCAGGAUCAUUCAACAUUGUCGACGUCGGCUUCAUGGAUCGAGGAAUACUCCUGUAAGAAAUCGUAAAUAAAAUUACGGCAGGGUCACCUCUUAACAUGUUGAUAAAGAAAGGAAUAUAUUUAAAUAUUCAAGUUUUAUUUGACUUUUUUUACUAUGAAUUGUAGGUUAUACUUUAUCACUGAUGUUUUCGCGUGGUGCAUUUGGUAUUAUCAGCCUUUCCUCGGAACGGUUAGAAAGUGAAAGAAGGGUAUACUUGACAUCCACAUUAGGUUAUGACUAUAUUGGCGUGUAUUCGGCAGACUCAGUGCCACUAGCGUACCUACGGGGGGGGCAGGGGGCAGUCUGCCCCCCCUGACGAGUCACAACCCAUGCAAAGGACGUAUCCCUUCCCCCCCCCUGACGAGCUUGAAAACCUAUUUUGCCCCCCCCCCCUGACGAGCUUGAAUACCUAUUUUGCCCCCCCCCCCCCUGACGAGCUUGAAGACCUUUUUUUUUUUUUGCUUGUCAAAUUUUUCGGCGAACGGUUUUGCCCCCCCUGUGGAAAAUCCUAGGUACGCCACUGCUCAGUGCCCAAAAGGGUUUAUUCAUAGUCAGAGGCAAAGGUCCUGGGCCUAGUCAUGAUAGUAAUUCUUGCUGGGCGAAUCUAGGAUUAUAAUGACAGAUAAUGAUCGAUUUUCUUUUGAAUAGUUUUUAAGCAAAAAAGGCUAUCGCACCAAAAGAGCUUGUUUAUCCACAAGAAAAAUUGACAAGCAAACUACAAAGUCCCCCCCCAAAAAAAAAAUUCCUACCUUCAUAGAGCCUCGCCACCCCACCCCCACCCCCCCCCCCCUCCCCCUGGCCUUGGACCUGCGGUUGAUUCAGUACUUUACGCUUGGUUUUAUAGCAAGUGUAUAACCUCUUGAUUGAAAACACUUAGCUACCAUGAAAUAGAUCAUUGUCGUUCUUUCUGUUCUAUAUUGUUACUAGAAUACGAAUAAAUACGAAUCUUGUUUUACUAUGUGUAUUUGAAACAAAAGCGUUGAAUAUAAUGAUGGAAAGCUAAUAUUUUUUGUAUCCAUAUUUUCUUUCUCUAAUCAAAAUCGAGCUGGCAAGGCGACGGCUUGCAGUCAACUAUUAUUCGAAUCAAAGUGACUCGAAUUUCUGAAUUAAUUUGUCUCAGAAUUGUGCGGCACGAGAACCAGCAUAAUAAGUGAUUAAUUCGUACGAAGUUGGCUCCCAAAACUCCAAAUUUUCUAGUCAAAUUUGACUCAGCAUAAAGUAAGAGUGUUAUAACAAAGAGAAAGUGCAAUUUAUCCACCUUGUCAUAUUAUGUUCAAUUAUUUAUUUAUUAUGUACUACGAAACUAAUUUUAUUACUUUAGGUAGUGAAAAGUGUAGUUGUCUAUUGCGUUAUGCCUUUGCAGUUUUUAUAAACAUAUUAUAGAUGCUGGUUCAUGUACUUCCAUAUAUCUUUCAUGAAAUAUGAUAUUACCCGCAUUAAUUUGCUUGUUUUCAUGUGAAGUUUUAAUUGCAGGCCUGAUCACGUAGUCAUUACAGCUUAUAAAGCCUUAUGAUACAGGAAUGCGGUUAAAAUAUAGCAGACAUUAAUUUGUUCAAAGAGAAAAUGCUUGAUCAUGUUUAUGCGUUUAUACCAAAGGGUGAGAGUAAAUGUUUGUUCCUCUUGUUUGUAACUUUCCGUAUAGUUUCUCAAUAUUUUUCAUUUUCUUUUUUUUUUCAUGAAUAUGUUAAUUGUAGGUAUAGCAGAUGUAUGCAUGUCGAAAAGCUUCAGUAUGUCCGCUUUUUUAAAGAUUUGUUGCCAAAUAUUAGAUAGUGAUGGGGUACCAGCUAAAUUUUUGUGAUAUAAUAAUGAUGACAAUAUGAUAAUAAUACGAGGAUCUUUCUCUGUGCGCAAUACUCGCUAUUCAUAAGGAAUAUCAUGGAAUAGUCUUCGGCAAGUCUUGUGCCUAAAGUGUACAUAGUCUGUGUAUAUUAGUGCCACAAAAUUGGCACAAUAUUGCAUAGGAUUUACGAAUUCAUUUUGCGAGAUUUUAUUUCAAUCCAAAUAAUAUGGUAUGAUAUAGAUCUCCAUAUUCCAGUAUAUGUGGAUACACUGCAAACACACAUGGCCGUACGAAGCCGGGGAAAGAGGCAGUUGCCCCCCCCCCCCCCCCAUUUUGAAAACUAAAACUUUUUUACCGAAAAUUUCCAUUCACCAGAAGUGUACACAAUAUCAACUUCACUUUUGAAAAUACAAGAACGCCCUCAUGACACCUAGCCUAGGUCGCUUCAUUCCCCCCUUCAUUUCGAGUUUCUUCAAAAAUUGUCAUUCGCCUUGCCCCCCUCCCCGGAAAAAGAAUUGCGUAUGGCCAUGCUCAUCCACCCCCCUCCCCCCCCCCCCCCCCCCACCAUGAACACCGAACGACACCCAUGGUGUGCCGCCAUGCAAACACUGUGGUGCUUAUACUACUUCGCAGGAGUUAAAGGGAUGCUCCGGGCCGACAAAUUUUAUAUCUAAGUAAAUGAGUAAAAUUUCAUUAAAAUCGGAUAACAAAUAACAAAGUUAUUGAAUUUUAAAGAUUUGCAUUAUUCCGGUGAAACAGUUCUUGGCAUGCCUUCAUGAUUAUUCAUUAGGUGGGUUGAUGAUGUCACAUCCCCACUUUCCUUUUUCUUAUGUUAUUACAUGACAUCAUGAUUGUUUCAUUUUUUCAUAAAUGUGUCUCCUUUAUAAUGAAAUAAGUUGCAGCAAUGAAAGUUCUCGGUAGAAAUUUUUUGAAUAAUGUAAUUUCAUAAAAUACAAAAGAACAGGUGGUGAUAUGACAUCAUCAGCCUACCCAAUAAAUAUCAAUGAAGACAUACCAAGACCAUAACUGUUCACUGGAAUAAUGGAAAUAUAUAAAAUUCAUUAACUUCGUUAUUUGUUAUCCGAUUUUGAUCAAAUUUUCAGCAUUUUGCUUUGUGAUAUCUCAAAUUUAUUGAGAUAUAUGAGACAAAAAUAUCUUCAACCCGGAUCAUUACUUUAACAUUAUGGCCACAUCAACCAUUUUACACUUGAUUUCACACCCAUUGUUGUUAUGGUGUUAUUAUAGCCCAUUCUGUUUUCGUGUUACAUUCAAAUUUCACGGUUUAACGCCCAAGGAUUUGGUCCUCCAAGAAAACGGACUGAUGUUGUUCUUCAUAUAUACACUUCUACAGUGUACACGUCUUAGUUUAUUCCACGGUCUUCCAGUGCUGAUGUUAAUAAAGAACACUAUAGAUACAUCACUAAUACUAUAUGAUGUACUAUGGUUUUGUGUGUUUGGGAAUUUAUUGUUUAUGUCAAUAGAAAAAGUAUGUAUAUCUAUCGAAAAAAAUAAAUGCCUAUUGGAAAAUAAUGAUGAAGCCAAUUUGUAAUACGCUCCAAACAUUUCAAAUUUUUCAUGGGUGGUGGAGUAUAGGAUUAUCUUUUGUAAUUUGGGGGAUGCAACAAUAGAUCCCCCCCCCCCCCCUUGAACAAAGAAUAAUCCUCCGCUCCGCCGCCCAUGAAUUUAAAGUGUUUAAAUUUAGGGUAGAAAUUAAAAUGAUAAAGGUUUUGCUUAAAACA